GUGCGAGUUAAUUUAAAACAAAAAAUAGCAAGCAAAACAUAACAUCACGGUAGAAUGAGCUUGUGAAUAUUUACCGCUAAUACGCGUUACAAAAUUCUCGGAUAAACUUCAGAGGAACGAGAUAAGAUUUUCAAACAAGUCCUCGAAGUUAAUCUUUUCUUCACUUCAAUUUUACAUACAACACAAUACAAUGUGAUAAAACAUGCUGUGCUACAUCAUGAUAUAAAAUCCGCUGACUUGACAGCUUAUUUUAAUUAUCUACAUGAGUGUCUAUGUCAUUCUUGAUUUGAAUAUUUUAUCCACGAUUAUAAUUGGACUAUUUGUGGUCCACGGAAACGCUCAAUCAAUCACCGGAAACCGAGGACCAUUCAAAUGUAUAAAUCCAACAAUAAAUAAUUCUCAAAUCCCAAAAUGUUGUAAUGCAUUAAACUAUAAAACGUGGAUUGUAAGCAUCAGAGAAAGAAUGUACAAUUGGCAUUUAAAUAUUGGAGUAAUUCUUCAUCCAAGAGCUGUUUUGACACUUGCUGAUAAAAUAAAUAAUGUUAACACGAAGGAUAUCGUUAUUUCUCAUGGAGGAAACAAUCAAGAUUACCGAGUUUCACACGUAAUUCAGCAGCCAACUCACUCAACUUAUUUGUACAGCAAUUUCGCUAUUUUGUUAUUGUCAUCAUCAAUUGAAUUUAAUUCCAACGUCAGUAAUAUAUGUUGGACGAAUUUAAGUUUUGGUGCGAGAAGAAAAGCAGGAAUUCAAUAUUUUGAUUUCUUAUUCCACAAAGAAUCAUUUCAAGAACCUCUUGGUAUCAUCUCACUUAAAUCUCACAAUCGUGACAUUGUGAUUAAUAAUCGAACUGUGAAUAUGGUAUUUGGUAAGAAGAAAAUAGAAAAUAAACAAACAUACUAUUUCAUGGGAUUUAAAGCCGAUUUACAGUACAGCACACUCAAAUAUAAAUCUGGAUUGGGCCAAGUAUUCAACCAAUUCAUAUGGCCCAAUUUCCAAUGGAUAAAUCAAAUCCUGCUGGAAAAUUUAAACAAAACAUUUAUGGAACAGAAAGACGAUGGUGUUAAAGAAUUGAAAUUUAAAUUGCAUUUAUCGAAAAAUAAUACUUCUCAUAAAUAUAAUGUCAAGAUUGUUGAUAUUAAAUCUGAUAUUAAAUCGGAUCAGUUGAAAAUUUCUGCAUCGCAAGUGUGAAUAAACUUUUGAAUUAUAAAAGCAAAAGUUUCUUCCAUUACUUUAAUAUCAUUUUACACAAUAUUUGA